AUGCCACAGGCCAGAACGAUCGCAGUCGUCAAUGCCACCGGCCGUCAAGCCGCGUCCCUCGUCCGCGUCGCUUCGGCCGUCGGAUACGCCGUGCGCGCGCAGGUGCACUCCCUCGAGGGCGUCAUCCCCCGCGAGCUCGCCAGCCUGCCCGGCGUCUCGCUCCUGCAUGGCCCGCUGCUCGACAAUGCGGCCCUCAUGGACUCGCUCUUCCGGGGCGCGACGCACGCCUUCGUCAACACCACCUCCCAGGCCGGCGACGAGGUGGCCAUCGGCCGCGCCCUCGCAGACGCCGCAAAGCGCGCCGGCACCGUCCAGCACUACGUCUACAGCAGCAUGCCCGACCACUCCGUCUACAACCCCAGCUGGAUCAGCCUGCCGCUCUGGAGCUGCAAGUUCGCCGUCGAGAACUACAUCCGCCAGCUGGGGCUGCCCGCCACCUUUGUCUACGCCGGCAUAUACCACAACAACUUCACCAGCCUGCCCUACCCGCUCUUCUGCAUGGAGCUGCUGCCCGACGGCGGCUUCGAGUGGCGCUCGCCCUUCCCGCCUGACAUUCCGCUGCCCUGGCUCGACGCCGAGCACGACGUUGGGCCGACCGUGCUGCAGCUCUUCAAGGACGGGCCCAAGCGCUGGAACGGCGACCGGAUCGCCCUCGCGUUCGAGACGCUGACCCCCAGGCAGGUCUGCGCUGCCUUCUCGCGCGCCCUCCAGCGGCCCUGCAGGUACGCCUGGUCGCCCAAGGUCGAGAUCAGAGUGUCUGUCCCCUCCGGCUACCGCGAGCAGCUCGAGGGCAUCGAGGUCCUCUUCGGCCAGAUGAAGGCCCCUUACUUCCCCAACCCGGAGUUCCACACCCCGGCCCGCAUCGCCGGCUCAGAGAAGCCCGUCGUCCUCGAGGCUGGGCCCGACGGCGUCGUCCCGCUGCCCGUCGUCGACGAGGCGCGCAGUCUGUGGGAGGGCUGGCGCAGCAUGGAGGAGUAUGCGCGCGAGGCCUUUCCCGUCGAGGAGGAGGCCAACGGCCUCGACUGGAUGUUGUAG